UCAGUUCCCUCGUGGUUUUCAGGAUAACUCCCUGUCCUUUUAUCGAUCAAUUUCUUAGCGUUCACAUAAAUCAUUGUUGUAUGUGUGGUUCUUAUUGUUAUAAUUGCGUGGUUUUAAAACAAUUAUAAUAGACAAUUGGAUACAUAUUUCUGUUUACAACACUGAAAUUGUAACUAAAAAAUGUCAAGACCACCAGCUCAUCCAAAAGGUUGGGCUCCAGUGCCUUCUGUUACUUCACCUCCUGUGUCUUUUAGACCAGCAACUCCUACUCGCCAAUCACCAGUACACCGAUUACCACCACCAUACAUUCCGUGUCCAAAACCUAUGAGACCGACUUCAUCACCUUUACCUUCUGGACCGCAACCUUACAGAUAUCCAUCGCCUUGUCCUUCCCCUCAAAUCUAUGACCAAUCUGGAUCAUUACCACCCUUGUAUAGACCUCGAGAGUUCGUGGUGCUUGAAGCUCCUUCGCCUCAACAAUGGCUGGACGAAGAAGACAAUGUACCCGAUGGUCGGUCAACAGCUGAAAUUAUCGCUUCACAAUCUCAAGAUUAUGUCGACGAGAAAUUGGCAGAGUAUCAAGCUACGAUUUAUAUGCUACAAGGAUCUUAUAGAGGAAGAUAA